CAGAAACAUAUGAAUGGGGAAAAAAAGGAUGAUAAUCAGCAGAAAGAGUUCCCGAAUAUUGUAUCCGUGGAUCCAAAGAGAGUAGCUAACUAUGUACAUAAACCAGUUAUUAAAUCAAAGAAUUCUGCAGAACAAAAGGAAAUUGAAAUGCCUUCAUCUGAGAGUCCUGCAUCUCUUGAGAUAGUGAGAUGUGCUGAAAGAAUAUCAGAAGGAGAUGUUACUCAGGAGCAUAUAUAUAGUGGAAGUUCACCUGAUCUUCAGGAGUCAACACUAGAAAAAAGGGAAAUGUUAAACUUUGAGAAAGGAAUCUCCCCCAAUAAUUUCUGUCCAAAAAAAAAGAAUAUUCAAAGUAUACAUCUAAGCCAGUCCCCUGAAACAACUGUUAAAAAGUUAACAUUUGGAAAUAAAAGUUUCUCACCAGUUUUAACUGAAACAUCUUUGGUAAGAAUACUAAACUUAACAACAUAUAAAACAGUCAGUGGAAAACAUGCAAAGGGAUCUGUAUCUGAAACACAUAAUAAUAAUAAUGAAGAUUCAAGUUUCAAACAUCGCUUUCCAGACACUGUUUCUAUUAAAGCAAAACUACAAGAUACCGAUAAACCUAUUACCAAAAGUAAAGAAGAGGAUUGUGUACGACCAUCUCCACUGUCAGAUUCCAGUGGAAGUAAAGUACAGUCUUGGAGUGAAGAACCUUGUGGCCCCAUACAUGCAUCAGGACCGACUAUACAAACGUUACACAAACGAAGGUACCACAGUGAUACAGAAAGCAAUUCUGAUGAAGUAGAAUCAGGUAAAGAGGAGGAAAAGAAAAGAAGCAGAAGAACAAAGUUACAGCCUAGAAAAUUAUUUAAAACAGGUGAUGCUGUUACUUACAGAGGUUAGUUAAACAUAUCUACUCUAUCUGUAAAUGAUCUGUCUGUUUUGGAUGGGGAAUUCUGGGAACCUGGUUGUUCAGCUAUCAGUGUGGGUCAGAAGCUCCAAAAAGAAUUUACUAAGAGAAUCGAGAGCCGCUCACGGAAAAUGGAUCAUUUUACUAAGCAGUCAUUAAGAGCUGCCCAUGAGCAUUUGACAACAAUGAAUUACCAGCUUCAUGAAUGCAGGAUCAGGCAGCUGGACAAGUUUCAUUUUGCUCUCCUUGAGGAACUUGAGAACUUUGAAAAAGAUUCUCUAUCCCUGAAAAACAUGGAAAAAGAAUUCUUGACCUUUUGGAAAAAACAUACACAUACUUUCAGUACAUACAUGAAAAACGAGCAACAGAGAAUUCAGAUUCUUAAAACUUCAUUUGAAAAGAACAUCUACCACUCUGUGGACUAUGAAGAACAUAUUUUUACUUCAGAGAUGCAUCUGAUGAAAGAAGACAUAAAAGGACUCGAAGAGAAACUUCUUAAAGAAAUGCAAGAAGAGGAACUGUGUAACGUUCGCAGAGGACUGCAGACGUUGUUUCAAUCGGGAGACAGAAUUCUGAAGUAA